AUGAUCCGAGAAGAAGUUACCUGGUUGAACAGCCAACUGAAUGUGGAUGAAAGUAAGCAGAACUCUGCAUUCCGCAAGAUGGUUGCCAAGUUCAAGGAUUCGAGUGGACGCCAUUACCAGCUUGAGGCCAAACUCCGAUUGCUUGACGCAUGUUCCACACGCGAUUACCAAACUCCCUGGAAGCAGGCUCGUAAGAGAGGCGUUGCCACAUGGUUUACCACUGCUCCGGAGUAUCAGCAAUGGAAACAGCAAAGCGUAUCCGGCACCCUGUUGUGCACCGGCAAAUUGGGGUCGGGCAAGACAACGCUCAUGGCAAGCAUGGUCGAUGACCUGGUAUCAACCUGCGGAAAGGGUAAUCUGGUGUACUUUUUCUGUCGUUAUGAUAUCACUGAGUCGUUGACGGCAAGGGCAAUGUUCGGGUCACUUACUCGGCAGUUGCUUUGCCAGCAGACCGUCGAACUUGCACGGUUACAGCAGGACUAUGCAAGCCAGGUAACGCUUGACUGUGAUAAGAUGUUGGAAAUCUUGCAGACACUUCUUUCCCACAACGAAAAGUACUACAUCCUGGUCGACGGACUUGAUGAAUGUCCUCAGAGCGAGAUUGAGACUAUCAUCGAGUUACUUCAAAACCUUCAACGAGUUCUAAGCACGCUCAUUUGCAUCUCGUAUAGGGAGGAAGCACGGAGUCCCGUUGAAAAGUUGUCGAAAGAAUUUGCCCAAAUACAGACCUUGAAAGCCCCGGAAAUCAACCCAGACAUUGAAGCAUACAUCGAUGCAGAGCUUCAAGGACGGCUUCAGUCUGAUGAGUUGACCAUUGGAGACCCUACGGUCGUGUUAUCUAUCCAGGAGGCCCUACUGAAAGGGGCGCAAGGAAUGUUUCUAUGGGUAGCACUGCUUAUCGACUGUGUUUGUACCGAGCAAACAGACGAGGCGAUCCUCCGCGUACUGCACGAUCUACCGCAUAGUCUCUCAGAGGUCUUCAGUCGAGUACUCAAAAAUUCGACGUCGGGGAACUCGAAAUAUCUGCGUCAGAUUGUGCAAAUGAUCAUGGCGGCUCGGCGUCCACUGACAAUAUAUGAGUUCCGAGAAGUCCUCAGCGUUAUUCCAGGCGAUACAGACUGGAAACCGGCGCGCUUGAUUAACAACAUCCGUGCGACGCUGGGAUGCUGCGGGAGCUUGAUCAUCAUUGACGAGGAAGAGCUUACAGUGCGUUUUGCUCACCAUAGCAUUAAGCACUUUUUCACAAAAUCCCAGGAGAUUGGGCCAACGAGUACACAAGAAGCAGACGAGAAAAUGGGAGCGAUCAUAUUAACCUACCUGAAUUAUGGGGUCUUCGAUAAUCAGGUCUCGCGUAUUGUCGCACCAAACAUUCCGGCAUCAGAAACAGCAUCCGCUGUCAUUAAUUCAGCACUGAGGGAGUCUUCGGGAAGUACGAGGCGUAUUGCCAGCUCCCUAAUUCGAUCUAAAAAGCAGAUCACUCAUGACGUUGGAAAAAUGUUGACGGAGGUAGCCUUUUCUACCUGGUAUCGCUCACUGGAGGCCUUCCACUUCAUGAAUUAUGUACGGGAGUACUACCAUUAUCACAUCUCCGUACGCCUAAUCAGAAAUAAGGCUAUGGAGAAACUAUGGCAUCGAUUUCUUGCUCGGGACAAUCUGGAUCUUCGCUUGGCUCCCUGGUUGCAGUACAAUCUUCAGCAGUCUAGACUCAAAGUUCUAAACGGCUUUCUUAUUCCAUUCAGUACUGUGGACACACUCGUCUCUUUUCAAGUGCUAGAGAAGGUUCUUCGAGAAUCUGGAAAUAAGCACAACGAAGCCCGAUGGAUCUACGGUCACGGAAGACGGUGGUUCGCGACCUUGGUGUAUAGCCAAAUGACGGAAUUUAUACCCCUGCUAUUGUCGCUUAAGAUGCGUGACGACAGUCCGUAUGGACCAAACGCAGACAAUCUUGUUCGUGUUCUUUCGCAAAGAGUCUCACCUCUCAGUGAUUUGGUCAAGAGAUUUGAUGCUGCCAAGUUCUUUGACGUGUACAGGGAAUUAUCUGCGCCAAUCAUCACUCAAGGCAUACAUAUACAUGGCGGCAAAGAAGUCGUUCCUAUCGUGGUUACCCGCGUGGUGGCACUCGAGAUCGCUGGUGUCUCUUAUCAAACAGCUGUUAUCCCCAGAGCCAACCAUCCUUGCCAAGACACUCUCAAUUAUGUGAAUGAAAAUGGUGACCUUUGUGCCGUCGUCGUGAAGAAGGCCCGAAAAACGAGCUAUACUUAUGUGCGGCCAGUGGAUAAUCUCGCCUUUUACCGGUACAUCUACGCAAGUCUUGCUACGUUUCAGCUUGGCGAUGAUGUCUUCGAGAUAUGGCCUCUUCCUCCUCCGCAUGGCAGUCUAAAGGAUCUUUGGAUCCUACUUUACGCCAACCGUCACAACGAAGGAGUAAAAAGGUGGUCAAUAUGCCAGAUGGUUGGCAUCGCAGAAGCUUUGGACUUCAUUCACAAUGGUCGGAUUGCUGAAGUCUUCUUUCAUGGUGACAUAAGACCAGAACAUAUACAGUGGAGGGGUGGAAUGCAGGGUGUACCACCCCCCAACGGGAUAUUACAACUGAAACUCCCACAUCGAAUGGCGCCCUUCAGCGUCAGUGACAAUCUGAUAGCCAAGCAGCGUGACAUCACUAUGUUGUGCUGUAUAUACCUAGUCAUCGCAGCAUGUCUUGUACCACUGGAAUGGAAAGAUAUUCUGGCUUUGCAUAUUGAUCUUCAAGAAGACCUCGACCUGAUAUCCGGUAAGAGCGUGUCCCCAAAGCAAGAACGGCUCGGCCGAUGGGUUUCAAAGCUCAACGAAGAAUCCGCGCACUGCUUGAUCCUACAUCGCGUGAUUUCCUUCAUUUCAACGGGUUUCCUUGCAUGCAAGCUUCCGUUUUCUUCGCAGAACUUGGUUAGUGGGUUGAGACAGGCCGCGCACGAAUAUUUCCAGACUGGUUGA